GGUGCUGAAUGAGGUGGCCUGAGUUGUACCUGUACGUCCCGGUGCUAACACUCCGAAGCGUCCGACACGAACGGCCGCUUGGUUUCGUGGACCUCGUGGAUUUCUUGACCGCCCAACUUCUUUUCUUUGUACCUUUUUACCACGACGGAGACGAGAGAUCCCCGAGGUUAGCGGUACCUCUCUCGAUCUCGGUCGACGAUUACGCGAAUCUCUCUCCAACCUGUCGACGUCGAGUUUCGGGUUGAUCAUCCGAUUCCCAGUCCGCCGCCGCCGCAUCGCACCCGUCGAGCGCAAUCCCUUGAUCGCAUCGCCACUAGACGAAGACCGAACAAGAUGGAGCUCCAAGAACUCCAAACCCACCUGACCGAAUGGCUCAACGAAGCCAUCACCGCCUUCCAAAAGGUGCCGGGGUCCGCAGUCCUGAUCCGCUAUGUCAGGUCAUCGUACCAGAACGAUCCGGUGCGCUCGGCUAUCGAGCUGGUCCUGGUCAUCUUCUUCAUCAGAUACCUUAUGUCGCCGGCGUACUCGACUUCGAAGCAGAACUUUAUCAAGUUGACUGACGCUGAAAUCGAUGAGCUCGUUGAUGAAUGGAUCCCCGAGCCUCUCGUGCCGAACAUGACCGUCCUCGAGGAGAUGGAGGCCGAGAGGUUGCCAGUUCUCGUUGGCCCAACCGGUCCCAAGUCCAAGCUCUCCAACGGCCGCACCGUCACCAACCUCGCCUCCUACAACUUCUACAACCUCAACGCCAACGAGCAAAUCAAGGAAAAAGCCAUCCAGACCCUUCGCACCUACGGCGUCGGCCCCUGCGGCCCGCCCCAGUUCUACGGCACCCAAGACGUGCACAUGCGCACCGAAGCCGACAUCGCCAACUACCUCGGCACCGAGGGCUGCAUCGUCUACGCCCAAGCCUUCUCGACCAUCUCGUCCGUGAUCCCGGCCUUCUGCAAGCGCGGCGACAUCAUUGUGGCCGACCGGGCCGUCAACUACUCGAUCCGGCGCGGCCUCGAGAUCUCGCGCUCCAACAUCAAGUGGUACGAGCACAACGACCUGGACGACCUCGAGCGCGUCAUGCAAAAGGUGGUGGCCGAGCAGGCCCGCGGCAAGAAGCUGACGCGCCGCUUUAUUGUGACCGAGGCCCUGUUCGAGCUCACGGGCGAGAUGAACGACCUGCCCCGCCUGAUCGAGCUCAAGGAGAAGUACAAGUUCCGCAUCAUCCUGGACGAGACCUGGUCGUUUGGCGUCCUGGGAAGAACCGGCCGCGGCCUCACCGAGGCCCAGAACGUCGAUCCCACCCAGGUGGACAUGAUUGUUGGCUCGCUUGCUGGCCCCCUCUGCGCUGGCGGCGGUUUCUGUGCGGGACCCAAGGACGUCGUGGAGCAUCAGCGCUUGACGGCCGCGAGUUAUACGUUUUCGGCGGCGCUGCCGGCCAUGUUGGCUAUUACCGCAAGUGAGGGCUUGCAUGUCAUUCAGGAGAACCCCGAGGCGACGUUGGGCGUGUGCAGGGAAAAUGUCCGGUUGAUGAGGGCGCAGUUGGAUCCCAAGAGCGAUUGGGUUGUUUGCACCAGCGCGCCGGAGAAUCCGAUUUUGUUGUUGGUUCUGAAGCCGCAGGUGGUGGAGGCGAGGAGGCUGACGGUGGAGGAUCAGGAGAGGUUGUUGCAGGAGGCUGCUGAUGAGUGCCUCGCAAACAACAUCCUCGUCACCCGCCUCAAGGGCGGUCCCAUCACCCACCACAUGGGCCUCAAGGACAACGUCUACACCGCCACCCCGGCCCUCAAGGUCUGCGUCACUUCUGGUCUGUCCAAGAAGGAGACGGAGAAGGCGGGCAUUGCGAUCCGUCAUGCCAUCACCAAGGUCAUGACCAAGAAGGGGAAUAACAAGUUGGGGGUUCCUACUGCUUAAGUUUAGAGAGACACGUCGUCUCGAAGAGCUAGCUGGUAGGGGUGUUCUUCACUUCUUGUUUUUUCGUCUUGUCUUAUCUCUCACACCAUGCUAUAUAAAUACUUUAUUGGAUCAGUUGAUUGGUGGUAGCGGGGCACGGGGUUGUUGCGAAGUGGAAAAUGGACUGUAUGGGAUAGGAAAAAGAAAAUGAAUGGUUUGAAAUGACAUGGGAUAUGAAUUAGAUGGAUUGGGCUGGAAGCGAUGGCUGGCUGGCUACGAUGGCGGAAGGGUAGAUGGAUGGAUGGAUGUCACGAUAGACCAAGAUAGUGUUAAUACGUAAUGAUGUGAAUGGUAUUGGAUACACUACCUA